AUGAUGACUAAGACCAUCCAUGGGAACUCGCAAUACCAGAAGCCCUCUUCUCUACGUUGGACGUGGGAAUCACCCGGUGGAGGGUACCGUAAUGAAAUAAACCACAUCAUCGUCAAUAAAAGGUACUGCCUGACGGACGUCGCUGUUGUGCCAAAGUUCUAUACGGGAUCGCACCAUCGCCUCCUUCGAGGAAGAUUUUCCUUCACAAGGAGAGAAGAGAAAGCUGCCAAGACCAGAGAGCGAAAUCCUAGAACUGCCAUUAAUUGGGAUCUCUUCGCUACGCUAGCAGGCUUUUGGGAAGAUUCCGCACUGGACAAGGACGACGAGGAAUAUGACCGACUUGUUGAACACCUUCACGACUGCGCGAAGAAGGCUGAGAGUUUUAAAACCACCAAGGGACGCCUGUCUCCGGAAACUCUUGAGCUGAUACGCCAGCGUGGAGCAGCACGAGCCGCAGGGAACCAAGAACUCACGUCCGAGCUCGCAAGGCUUUGCAGAGAGGCGAUAAAGGAAGCCCUUAAAGAGAGAAGAGCAGAAAUGCUGGCUGAAGCUGCAGAGGCGGGGAAAAGCAUCCGCUAUGCCCGUCCAGACUUCGCCAGUCGCAAGACGAGGAUGACUGCUCUCCAGAACCCGAAGGGAACAACUAUUGCAUCGAGAAGGGGGAUGGAGAAAAUCAUCUACGACUUCUACUUUGAUCUCUUCGACAGCCAUGUCCACUUGCCUCCUCACCACCUGAGGGAAGAUGGACAAGUCAUUCCAGAGGUUCUCCCGUCCGAAAUACGACAUGCUAUCAUGUCGCACUCAUCAACACCAUGGCGAUUUACACGUUAUCUGUCGGAAUGCAAGGUUCUUAAACAGUCGAAGACCAGCAAGACCGUGUUGUUGUAUAAAAAGGAAGAUCCACAUGACAUCGGCAACUAUCGCCCAAUCUGCUUACUGUCCAUCAUCUACAAGCUCUUUACAAGAGUGAUCCUUAAUAGGAUUGAAAAAGUCUUGGAUGAAGGACAGCCAUGCGAGCAAGCAGGGUUUCGAAAAGGAUUCAGCACGAUUGACCACAUUCACACUGUUUCGAAACUCAUCGAGGUAUCACGAGAGUACAAGAUGCCGCUCCGUCUCACCUUCAUCGAAUUGAAGAAGGCUUUCGACUUAGUUGAGACGGAAGCGGUCAUGGAAGUCUUGAGCAAGCAAGGCGUCCCUACUCAGUACAUGAAAGUACUUCGAGAGUGGUACAGUAACUUCACGAUAAGAGUUUCACCAUUCUACAAGAAUAUCAUCAUUGACGUGAAGAGGGGUCCGACAGGGUGA